UUCCGUCAUUCACAUCCAAGUAAAUCCCCAAUGCACAAGACCCAAUCUUUUUGUAAAAAUAAAAAACUGUGCCGCUGCAUUAUUGAUCCAUCAAAACCAAAUCAGUUCAGAAGAAAAACCCAACAAGAAAAGAACCAGUAUCCUCGCUCUUCCCCCACUCAAAGCGCUCGCACCCACUCACAGACUCACACUCGCCCCCACUUUCAUGUCCCAGUAAUGGCAACACAUGAACAAGAACAAGAACCAGAGUACCAAGAACACCCGCCAGAGCAAGAACCAGACAACAGGAACGAGAACAAGAACGAGAGCCUCUCUGUCUCCACCUACUUGGGCCUCAGCUUCUCUUUGUUCUUGGCGCACCUGCCCAAGAACUCGCUGACCCUUUUACCUAACCUUCGGACCAAGGUCAAAGACCUCUCCUUUAUGCUCCUCCAAGCCGAGGACCAGCUGAGGCAGAUGAGAUCGAGGAGGAAGGAGGACUCGAAGGCCAACGCGAGGGUGGUGGAGAUCUUCGCCAGCCACAGGAACGCGUGGCAGGAGGAGGAGAGGAGGCUGAUGCAGCAGCUGGACGAGGCCAACGAGGAAAUGGCCCACUUGAGGGCGAGGAUGGAGGAGAACGAGAGGUUCGAAGCAGAGUACAAGGCUAGGGUUGAGGAGUUGGAGAGGGAGGUUGGGGAGAGGGAUGAAAUGAUUGGGUUCAUGUCAAGGAGGGUUGAAUUUGGAGAAGAGAGUGACCGGAAUGGUGGUCAUGGUGAUGUGGAGGAAGCGAGUGAGUAUGAUUAUGGUCAGCAGCAACAACAUCAUCACCAUCAUCACUACCAGUACUUGAAUCGGCAACAAGAAGAGCAAACUGGGAAUGGGUUUGGUUCUGAGUAUUUGGGGUCUGCUUCCAAGUUAUGGGCUGAGAAAACCAAUGUUUGGCAGGAUGUACAGUAUGAAUCCCUCGAGUCAUCACAUCAUUCAAAGCAUUAUGUGACAAGGGAGUCUCCUUGGAAACUGAAUGGUGAAGGGGUUGGCGUCUCUUCUAAAUUGAAGUUACUUGAACAAGAAUUGUUGAAUUUGGAAAAGGCUGGGGAUGGUGAUCCUUCGAAGGUUCCUUCGCUAAUGAGGAAGCAGGCUAAAAGAUAUCAAGCUCUAGCAGGAAAGAUUGACGAUCUGUGCAGAAAGAUGCAAGCUGGCGAUCCUUGUGAACCGACUUUGAGCUCGGAGUUUAGGACUCAAAGGCAGACCGAAUUCUUACUAGAAGCGUUCAGGCUCCAACAGCGUGCAACUGAGACAGGACAAAAACUGACAGCACUACACGCUGAAGUUGGGAAGAGCUAUUACGAGGAGGAGCUCGGGGGCCAUACCAAAUUAACCACAAGACGGUCCAUGGACUCGAUAAGGAACAACUUCAAGGAAAUCCAAAGAAACCUGGAGAUAUGGUUGGCUCGAAUAAUCGGGGACUUGAAGGGGAUUCUUGCCAGAGACGGAGCAUCUCGCGUGAGAGAAUAUUAUGUUGCUAGAUAUCCUUUUGUGCAGUAGAAUCUCUAAUGCUGUAUGAAGCUCUAAUCUCUAGAAACGGUUGUGAUUAUUUGGUAAUCUGAUCUGAAACUUUGAAAGUGGCGAUUAUAAGCUGCAUGGCACUGAAAUGGAAGCUGUACAUGAUGUUUUUUGGUGGCA